AAUCUUUGCGUGAAACCCUUAUAUAAGGAACCCACCUUUGCAAGCUUAAUUUGUCCUCCAACUCUCUCUGUGUUUCCACUGCUCUCUCUCUCUCUCUCUCACACAGAAAAGAUGGAGCGCUCAAUGAAGCUCUUUUCGACUAUUUUCCUCGUCCUGUUGCUUCUCAUGGCUACUGAGAUGGGGACGGAGGUGGCGGAGGGAAGGACGUGCGAGUCGCAGAGCCACAAGUUCAAGGGGACGUGCUUAAGCGAUACCAACUGCGCCUCCGUGUGCCAUACGGAGGGCUUUCACGGUGGCAAUUGCCGUGGCUUCCGUCGCCGCUGCUUCUGCACUAAACAUUGUUAAUCUUCACCACAAUUCACUUAAUACUUUCCUUCCAUAUCCAUCCAUCCAUCCAUCCAUCAGUAUUUAGCUAGCUAGCUGCUUUUUUUUUUUAACAAUCAACUUAAAAGAGUUUAAGAACUCCAUGUACCGCCUUUGCAUGCUUGUAUUAUGUUAGUGUAUGGUGAGGGAGAUGUGAUUUCAUCGAGUCGUGUCUCCUGUUUACAUAAUCUACUUAAUGUGUGCGCUGCCUAUGAAUAACGUUCCAGAUCGAGUAGUACUCCUUUGGCCUUUGUCUAUCUUAAUGCAUCUUCAAAUAUUUCACCUUUCUUUAUAAA